AUGUCUUUGCGUGGUUUGGGGAAGGCCCUCUAUAGGACACCACAUAAACUAUUCGGAAGCAAGUCGGAUGAGGAUUUCCAGAUGUCGGCAUGGGAAAAUGACAUUUCUACGGCAAUGGCAGGCCUAGAUUAUAUUAAUUUACAGACGAAAAACUGGAAGAAAUAUUGGAUAGACACAGCUACUACACUGUCAAAUGUCUUGGGUAUUCUUUCCGAUGUUCACGAUUCGUUGGAUGCGAAAUCGCAGAAAGAUCAGAAUCAGGCAGAAAAAGAAAGCAAUGCACAUUUCGGCAAACCUCUAAACUUGGCAAACAAGAAAGAAAAUACAGGUGAAAGCAAUCGUACUACGAGUGAUGAGCAAUUUACAUACAUUACCCAGCACGAGCUGAAAGAGGCGCAGAGAGUAGCAAAGAUCGUGUUUACGAACGUGCAAGAGAUGGUGGAUGCAGAAUACAAGGGAAUAGAGAUACGGUGCUUGGAGAUGAAGGAGAAUUUGAAGUCUGUUGCGAAGUUGAUCACGAAAAGAAACCACAAGAAGAUGGAUUACGACAUGAGCUUCAACAAUGUGGAAAAAGCAGUGGUUUCACGCGGGUCGGACAAAGUGGAAAAGGACAUGUCGAAGCUGGAGCACUCACAGAACAAGAUGCAACGUGCGAAGGAGAUAUUCAACAACUUGGACGUCAAGGUGCGAAUGGUCGUACCACCAGUUCUAGAAGUACUGUCUGAAUUUAUGAACAAGCUCACGCUCAAGUUCUAUUUUGCGAAUGUUCGGACGAUGGAUUUCAUGCGGACGACUGUCCGUCGGUUUGCACAAUCGCAGGGUUUGCUUAGCAGGGCCGAUUCAUGCCUGACAUACAAGAUGAUAAUUGAAGAAUUUACAGGUUCGUAUACUGCCGGGCAGAGCAAGUUGCAGGACCUCGAGCUGUUGAAGUACUACAAGGAUAUGAAGGAGAAGAACCUCAUGGACAAGGCUGUGAGUGGUACAGGGACGGUUGCCGGAAUUGUUGUUAAUGAGACGGCUGACAUAACAGGAGCGUUAUAUGCUAAGGCAUCCAAAACCGGCCAGAAGAUCAACUUGCGAAAGCUGAAGAUUGAGAAUCCGGUCCGGCCUUACCGCGGGGAAAGUGGGAUUUUCCAGUCGGCGACCGAUCCAAUCCAGUUUGAGCUCCUGUCGAUGCGAAACGAGGAGAAGAUGCUGUAUGAUGAAGCUUCAUCUAGUGCAACUGAAAUUUCCGACAGCCUCGAUCAAAAUACAAAGGCGGUUCCUCCUCCAGUCCCAGAACGAGACUUUUCGACACGACCAAGCAGUAUAUCAUCGUUGAAAGAUGAGAAUGACUGGCUUAGGCCGCUUUCUCUUCACAAGAAUGUCGAAAAGAGGGAGGCUGAGAGAAAGAAGGCAGAGCAAACUGCUGCUGGGAAGACUGCUGAUUCUCCAUCUUCAAAAACACCAUCUUCCGGAAAAUUCGAUACCGUUUCAACCGAUACCUCUUCCACUAACACCGACCCAAACUCAAGUGUGCUCUCUUCACUCAGCACAUCAGAAAACAGCGAAACUGCAAAAUACGCCUCGGUCAAGCUGGCUGAAAUUAGAAGAAAGGUGAAAAAUGUGGUCACCACUCCAGAAAUCCUCUCUUCACCUGUGACUUUCCACCAGGAUGAGUACAGACACUCCGUGCGAUAUUGUAGGGAUCUUGUGCAGGCCUCUUCUACCAUAUCAGCGCACUUAUUUCAACAACUUGAGAUGGGCACAAGUGUAUAG